UUGGGGAGUGGUUUUCAAAUGUGUAAUUUGUAAUAGUGAUAAAAAAAUUUUAAUUGUGAAAUCUCUGGUGAAUUAUUUUUAAAAUAUAUAUAAAUUUUUUUUUCAUCAUUGAUUAAACAAAAAAUCCCAAUUGAUUGCAUGUUUGACUACUAUCAUCACUAUAAGGUGCAAUGUUUUAUCGCAAUUUGUUGUCAUCAACAUUGUUUUGUCUAAUUUUAUUAUCAACAACAUAUAUAUUAUGUCAACAGAGAAACAGACACACAGAUGACCGUCGUUUUGAAGACGAUAGAAAUGGAUUGGACAGACCGGGCAAUAUAGACAACCCGCCGGUAGUGGACAACUCGUAUUUUGAUAAUAAUAAUCAACAACAACGCCGGUAUCAAUCGCCGCAACGAUUUGAUUGGACAUCCAGAGACCGGAUAAGAGAUUGGCCAUCACAUAGCGGUAGUAGUGGUCGAAACGGCGACAAUUACGACCAGUCGUCGACUAACUAUCAACGCCAGACAACAUAUCGGCGACCAAAUGUUACCCGUAGUUGGAGUCCCCGGAACGGGACAACUGCUCGCCGACGAUACGAAUCCCUGUAUAAUACUACUGACGACCCGCUAAUUCCGUCCCGACACAGCCUUUCCUCAUCGAUCGAUGCUCUGCUCGGCAAUCAGUCGAGUCCCGACUACAGGGGCGGCAGUUAUACAUAUCAGACCCGACGCUACAACCAGAGUGUCGGUACCAGUCGUUCGGGUUCGACCAAUGGCCAGUCGUAUCAGACACCGAUACUGUGGCAAAAUAGGACCUGGCAUUGGUCUACUAAUAGGACCCGUGAAUAUGAUCCCGAUUUAGACGGAACAACGACAACACUGAGACCGCCACCAUAUGAUAUACAUACUCACGAGGAAUGGGAUGGAACCGAUAUUAUUCGCUAUCCAUUCGAUGACCGCCACCCUCUGGCAAUCUAUGGAUCGGGUCGUUGCGAUGAACUACAGGCCUGUUAUCCGGCCACUGGUAAUCUGUUGAUCGGUCGGGAAGAAAAACUAAAAUCUUCAUCGACAUGCGGUCUGUCAAAGAUGGAAAGGUAUUGUAUUGUCAGUCAUCUGAAGGAAAAGAAGAAGUGUUUCUAUUGUGAUUCGCGGCCACAAAACAAAAACAAUCCGCGACUCUAUCACGGCAUCGAAAAUAUAGUCCAAAGGAUCGGUAGAAAACGCAAGCAAACCUGGUGGCAGGCCGAAAACGGCCACGAACAUGUGGCCAUCGAGUUCGACCUGGAAGCCGAAUUUCAUUUUACUCAUCUGAUCAUAACGUUCAAGACGUUCAGGCCGUCGGCAAUGCUGAUCGAGCGGUCGCACGAUUUCGGCCGCUCGUGGAAUGUCUACCAAUAUUUUGCCUACGAUUGUGGCGACUCGUUCCCGGGUAUACCGGUUGGUCCGCGCCAGAAGAUAUCCGAUGUUGUAUGCGAUUCACAUUAUUCGGGUGUCGAACCAUCAACUGAAGGCGAAGUCAUCUUUCGUGUUCUGCCGCCAAACAUCCGUAUCGACGAUCCGUACAGUCCUGAAGUACAGAAUCUGCUGAAAAUGACAAACUUGAGGAUCAAUUUCACACAUUUACAUAAUUUGGGCGACAAUCUGUUGGACUCGCGCGACGAAAUCAAAGAAAAAUACUACUAUUCCAUCUACGAUAUGGUGGUCAGAGGUUCGUGUUCCUGUUAUGGACACGCCAGCCGUUGUAUUGCCGAUCCCGGCCAGGAAACUAUACCCGAUAUGGUGUACGGCCGCUGCGAAUGUACUCAUCAGACCAAGGGACUCAAUUGUGAACAAUGCGACGACUUUUAUCACGACGUCCCGUGGAAACCGGCCAUCGGUCGGCAAACCAAUGCCUGCAAAAUCUGCAACUGUAACAGUCACGCCAAUCGCUGUCACUUUGAUCCGGCCGUUUUCGAGGCCACCGGCAAAGUUAGCGGCGGCGUAUGCGACGACUGCCAGCACAAUACAAUGGGCCGCAACUGUGAACAAUGUAAACCAUACUUUUACAGAGAUCCCGGUCGUCGUAUUGAAGAUCCACAGAUAUGCCAACCUUGCGAUUGCGAUCCCAGAGGAUCGUUGGACGACGCCCUGUGCGAUGAACACCAGGAUGUACUGUCGGGACUCGAGGCCGGCAAAUGUCACUGCAAACGUAAUGUCGAGGGUCGCCGAUGUGACCGCUGUUUGCCCGGCUUCUGGAACUUUGCCGAAUCCAAUCCCGACGGCUGCGAACCCUGUACAUGCAAUCAAUUGGGAACCGUUGGCAAUCUGGGCUGCAAUGUCCACACUGGAGAGUGUGUCUGUAAGCGCAAUGUUGUCGGACGUGAUUGUAAUCAAUGUGCGGCCGAAUUUUACGGCUUGAGCUCCGAUGAAGAGGGCUGUAAGGCAUGCGAUUGCGAUGUCGGCGGCGCCUACGAUAACAGUUGCGACAUAACCACUGGCCAGUGCCGGUGCAGGCCUCAUGUUAGCGGCCGACGAUGCGAUCAACCAGAACAGGGCUUUUUUGCCCCCUAUCUCGACUAUAUCACACACGAAGCCGAAUUGGCUAAGGGAUCGGCCGACGCACAGAUAACACCCCGUGAGCCGCACGCCGACCGUACGCCAACCUGGACUGGCAGCGGCUUUCAGCGUGUAUUUCCCGGCACUCAUCUCGAGUUUGACGUAACUGAUAUACCCGAUAGUCUUGAAUACGAUAUGGUUAUCCGAUACGAGCCACAGAUGCCCGGUGUCUGGGAAGGGGUUACCAUUACCAUUGAUAAUCCCUAUCCGUACGAUCCGCGCGGACCGUGCAAUCAAUCGUUGGCCGGUAGUUCCCAAAAAACCAUAGCUAUGCCAUCGACCGAUCGAUUUGUGUUGACCAACAACUUGUGUCUCGAGAGAGGCAAACAAUAUAAGAUUGAUCUGAAAUUUAACGAAUACACCGGUAAUGUUGACCGGGAAAGAGCUUCAAUACUAAUCGAUUCGAUAGUUUUUAUGCCACAAAUAGAAGAUAUUCCGUUUUUCAAAGGCAAUCAACUAAAUGAAUAUAAACUACAAGAAUUUGAUCGUUUUCGGUGCGGAUCAUCAUAUUAUUCAAUGGGCAGACCUACCGAUCCGCCAGAAAUUUGCCGAAAAAUGUUAUACAGUGUCUCGUAUUAUGUCUUCGACGGUGCUUAUGCUUGCAAUUGUGAUCCAACUGGUUCGGUAAGCGCCGUAUGCAACAAUUUGGGCGGUCAGUGCACGUGUAGGCCGCAUAUAACUGGCCGUCAGUGCGACCGAUGUCAGCAAGGAUUCUACGGUUUCGGUCCCGACGGCUGCAAACCUUGCGAUUGUCAUAGUAUCGGAUCGUUGGACAACUUUUGCGAUGGACCGUCCGGUCAGUGCAAAUGUCGUACCGGUACCUAUGGUCGCCAGUGCGACGAAUGUCAGCCGGGCUACUGGAACUAUCCGAACUGUCAACGGUGCGACUGUAGCGGACACGCCGACACUUGCGACUCGAAGACCGGUGUCUGUCAAAACUGUCGCGACUUUACUACCGGUUCUCAAUGCGAACGCUGCGAACGCGGCUAUUACGGCAAUCCGCUACUGUUGGCCAACGAUGUUGCCAUACCGUGCCGGCCGUGUGCCUGUCCAGGCCUAGCGGGUAGCGGUAUGAGUCACGCCGAAACCUGCGAACUGGAUAACCGAUCGCAAAAUGUUCUCUGCUUUUGCAAGAGUGGCUAUACGGGCGAACGGUGCGACCGAUGCGAUAGCAACUAUUUUGGCGAUCCCAACGUUCCCGGCGGCCAAUGUCAACAGUGCCAGUGCAACAACAACAUAGAUAUUGCACAGAUAGGCAACUGCGAUGGUCGUACCGGCGACUGUCUCCGUUGUCUCUACAAUACCGGCGGCCCGCACUGCGAAACCUGUAAACCCGGCUACUGGGGCGACGCCACCCGACAACAGUGUGUCGAAUGUGUAUGCAAUCCGUUGGGUACCGAUUCCGGUCGCGGCUACUGUGACCCGUCAACUGGCCAGUGUCCGUGUCUACCCAAUGUUUUAGGUAAAUCAUGCGAUCGAUGUGCUGUAAAUCAUUGGAAGAUUGCCAGCGGCCAGGGAUGCGAUGCCUGCGACUGCGAUCCACAGGGAGCCUACACAUUGAAAUGUAACGAAUUUGACGGCCAGUGUCACUGUCGGCCAGGACACGGUGGUCGCCGCUGCAAUGAAUGUCAACCUAACUAUUGGGGCGAUCCUCGGGUGCAAUGUUACCAAUGUGAAUGUAAUCCGUCGGGAUCGGCAACACUGCAAUGUCAACGAAAUAACGGCACCUGUGUCUGCAUCGGUGGCAUAUCGGGUGACCGCUGCGAUCGCUGUGCCCGUGGAUUCACUGGCAAUGCUCCGCAUUGCGAAGCUUGUGGCGAAUGUUUCGACAAUUGGGAUUACACUAUAACUACCCUAAAGGAUAAUACCCUGAGAUUGUUGGACUCGGCCCGACGUAUCAAACAAACCGGUACUACCGGUGCCUAUACUAACGAGUUUACGUCCAUCGAAAAUAGUCUGAACGAUGUCGAACUGAUACUUGGCGGUCAAAAUAUAACCGAUGCCGACAUUAAAACCAUUGAGGAAAUGAUUGAACAGUUAAGAAAAAAUUUGACCGAUACUCAAAAUAUAUUGAAUGGUUUCGAUGGCCAAAUGGAUUCGGUUAACAAACGUAUAACGGCAGCAAAUCUGGCCCUAUCGGAUCUGCGGCGUAAGUCACAGGACCUACAGUUUCAGGCGGACACACUGCGGGAGAAUGCAACCAAAUUACAAGAGGCCAACGUCGAGGGUGCCUUCAAUAUCACUAAAGAUGCCCAACGAAGGAGUCGGGCCAGCGAACAGCGCAUACGGGAGACAAUGCCAACGCUGUACGAGUCGGAGAGGAAACGGCGGCAAACCGAGCGCCUACUGGAUCAGGUGGCCCAGCGAUACAAUGGCAGUAUCGAUGACAACGAGGCAUCGCUGAAUGCCAUAUCGCAAAAGAUUGGCCAAUUGGAGAACAAGAUACCGAAUAUCAACGAAAUGGUUUGCGACGGUCGGGCAACGGUAACCAGUUGCGAUUCGUUGUGCGGCGGUGCCGGUUGCGGUAAAUGCGGUGGCCUUAGCUGUACAAACGGUGCCACCACUAAGGCCGAUAAUGCACUCGAGUUGGCCACAAAAGCCGAUAGUUCCUUAAAAGAUAAGGAAAAGAAUGCCCGAAACGAACUGAACGGUAUUGUCGAAGCCAAACAUAAAUCAGAUGAAGCCCUACGUGAGGCCAGAGCCGCCUACGACAGGGCCAUUGCGGCCAAAAAUACUUCGGAAGCAACUACUCUGGAGGUACAGCAACUGCUCGACGCUAUCGAAGCGUUUCUGGGCGAAGAAGCGUCGCGUCCGUCGGAAAUCCGGACAAUGGCCGAAGAGUGUCUGGCAUUGGACAUAUCGUUACGGCCACAGCAGAUCCAAGAUCUGGCCAAACAGAUUAACGAUACAAUUGCCGGACUGACGGACAUAACGAAAAUAUUGAUGGAAACGGCCGGCGAUUUGAAUAACGCCAACCGUCUUAAGGAUAGAGCCGAUAGAGCUAAAAUAAGAGCCGAUGGAAUCCUAGGUCAGGCCGAAGAAGUUCAAAAUGCACUCAAAGAGGCGGCUGAUGCCCAGAGAAAAGCCGAAGCGGCCAUCGGUAAGGCUAACGGAGAUAUUAACAGUGCAAAUGGAGAUUUGGUUCAAAUUGAAAGUGAGACCCAGUCGGCGGCGGCUAAUUCAGAAAAGGCCGGCUCCGGUAUCAGUGAUCUACAGAAACGAUUGGAUGAUCUGAAGCGAAGAUUUGCAUUGAAUGAAAUGGAAAUGAGAAAAGCCGAUAAUGAGGCCAACAUUGCGGCCAAAAAUGCUGAAGAAGCGGGACUGGCGGCUCAAGAACUUGAACAACGAUUCAAUAAGGCUUCCGAUAAAUUAGAUGAAAAAGCCAGAGCUAGCGGUGCCGUCAAAGAACGGGCGGAAACAUUGAGAGAAAGGGCUAAAAAAUUGGCCGAAGAUGUCAAGUCUAGAUUGGGAAUACUUCAAGAAAUGGAGGACUCGUUUCACGAAAAUGAGAAACGACUUACCGAUUAUCAGCAAAUCAUUGAUAACUUGAACAACGAAAUGAUGGGUCAUCUGAACCAUAUAGAGAUGAGAUCGCGUGAAUACCGCACGUGUCAGGCGUAACACUCACACGAUAUAUGAUAUGACAUAUAUAAUGAUAAUAAUAAUAAUAAUAAUAAAU